AUGGCCACCACAUCGUGGUACGUUGCGCUGGCGCAAAAUGUUGACGACACAGGGUUCAAACAAAAUGACAACACGGCCGAACCUGAACAAGAGAGCUGGCUAAAGAAGAACGACCGCUACAUUUUUAUUAUUGUAAUCGGCUUACUCAUUGUGGGCUUGCUCAUUUGGUACAUUGUCAGAAGCGUCAAGGGUAUGCGCAAACGGCUUGCUCUUGAAAACGAAAAGCAAAUGUACAUGCUUGAGCAAGCUACUGCAGCCAAUCCAUAUCAGCAACCACCUUCCACCAUGCCCUUACAACAGCAUGGAUACCAAAAGUUCGAUACUGUGCCUCACCAUACGCAUCGAUACUAA